UAAAAUUUUCAUGAUAAUCAAGUAUGUCAUCAAUCUAUAAGUCAUUUGGCAUUUUUUUAUAAAAGUAAAUAAGAAUUUUCCAAAUUUCCAAUUAAUUUCAAAAAAUUCUUAAAAAAUAUUCUUGAUUCAUUCUAAAAAAACUAUUUGAUGGAUGGCACCCAUCAGUCAUUAAAAUGGUGUGCAAUAAGGAUAGCUCUCCUAGUAACGGACAUACUUGAUAAUUUUCUAGACGAAAUAAACCAGAAAUCCCGCCUUAUUGACAAGCAACCUUCUUCAUCUACCUCGUUGACACUGGCACCAGAGAAGAGUCACAUCAAGAGAGACCUUCAAGCAAUUGAAUACUACAAUCAAAUUUUUCCAGAAGCUGGCCAAGAAACACGAAAGACUGCUGCAAUUGGAGGUCAAGAGGCGCAAACUCAAGAAAAGCUCCCCCCUUUACCACAACGUCUUACAGCUGGACAAAAUACAACAAAAUCCCCAUCUCGAACUCAGGGUGCACUAAAAAUAAGAGGAUCGACUAAGACACAAUCACCAGGUCAGGUGCAAGCAAGAUGCAUUUAUCAAGCAAAUUACCCAAUAGCUACCCCGGCUCCAGAAGAUGAAGCAAACUCCUCCGCAACUUACGCUCGCAGUCAAGAAGGUGUUCCAUCAGGUGGACAAGGUAGAUCGGCCGAGUACUCCCAAGGGUUUGCUGAUGGAUUUUCCCAAGCAAGUGGACAAGCAGGUGUAGGGCAAGUUCUUCCAGACUUUAUAGCAGCACUGCUUGGAGGGUCAUCAACGUACACUGGUAGCAACCCUGCUUACAGCUCGCCAAGUGCUAUAGCUGACAGUCUUAGUCAAAGAAGCCGCCAAUAUAACACUUUCACUGUUCCAAACCAAGGAUCCAACCCCUCUCCCUUACCGAAUAUUCCAACACCUACCCCAGAUUCGAAACUUUCGCCCUUUGUGCCCAUCCACCAAGGAUACCCCUCUGGUAGCAAAAACAUAGAACAUACGCAGUUUCUAACUAUCCCUCAGAUGGGAGGCAACCCUUACGGUUCCCCUGGUUUCGUCGAAGCAGGCCAAUGUAUGCCUGGACAGUAUAAAUUUGUAGGCUGCCUCUCACUGCCAAUGUCACUUACUGAGCUACAAAAUCAAUGUAUCCAACGGCAGGCGGAAAUAGAAUCUCUAGCAGCCAGUAGAACAUAUGCUGUUCCUGCGAAACUGAAGGAAAGACCGAAUGCCAUGGAAAAGGGCACUUACGCAAUUCCAGGAGGCCCAAUGGCAAAUCGAACGUAUACUGUAUCGGGGCAAAGCUAUUUACCAUGCAACCAAAGCCCGGGGACUUCAUUAGGAAAUAGGACGUAUACCAUUGCAGGAUUGGGCAAUUCACCAUGGCCAACAGAUCAAGAUCCACCAAUGCCAAUUGACAACAGGACGUAUAAUGUUGCAGGACCAGGCCAUACGGAUCGAAACCUCAACUCAGCUUUAUCUACCACAAUCAGUGGAAUAAGUCGGGUGGUUGCAAAUCUACAAAGAACAAUUGAUAGUGCAAAUGGGGAGUUGCCAACUGAUCCUGCAGAGCUGAACCUGUAA